CCUCUUCGAUCUGCUCCUGGCGAGACUUUUGCUGCGACACCAACACGCGUGCGCUCAGAUGCUGUCCGAGAUCACGCUGCGCACUCAUCGUGGUACUCACCUGCGUACGAGGCUCAGUCUCGCUUCCGUUUUCAGUGCGCUCAUCGCCGGUGUCAGCAGUCAAGCCGUCCUGGCCUCGUCUUUCUAUGAUGAGGUCUUCGAGCAGGUAUUGCCACUUCAUCAUGACUUUUGGGCGCGAAGAGUCCGGCUUGAUGUCCACAAAAUUCUGUUGAGCCUUGUGUGGAACGAUUUGGUCAGCAGACACGAGCGCUGGCUUGAUGGAUUUCUCUGCAGGUUUCAUGCCGCUGGCGGAAAGGGGUUCUGCAUUGACGCGAGGGCGCCGUUUGCUAGAGGUGUAGCCUGUGAUCGGGCUCAGGAUGAGAGCGAUGGUGCUAGCAUCUGGCGGUAGCUCUUUUGCUUGGCUGGUUUCGUCGCCGUCUGAGAAGCGAGCCGU